AUGACUCUUCCAUCAUAUCGCCAUGACCGUAACGAAAACAAUGACGUCCAUUCUCUUUCAGACAUCACCGAGGAGAUUCACAGGACCGACCGAACCGUCUCCAACGAGAGCAAACAACAACACCAACAAACACAAGAGGAACACUCGGGGACAGUUCAACAUGGAUCAAGGUCACCAGUUCGCCGAGUUCUUCUCACAUUCACCAUAUGCGCCGGUUUGAUGUUCUCGUGCCUGGACACCUCGAUCGUCUCGACUGCCUUGGUUUCGAUAUCGCUGGAUUUGGGGGAUGCUCAAGAUGCUCCUUGGACCAUUCUAGGAUAUCUCCUAACGUAUAUGAGCUUCGCCGUCGGUUUCUCCAAACUGAGCGACAUCUACGGUCGACGAAACCUUCUCGCCAUUGCCUGGGUUUUCUUUUCCGGGUUCUCAGUCUGGUGUGCCCUUGCAGGGUCGAUGAAUCAACUGAUCGCAGCGCGAGCGCUUCAGGGGAUUGGUGGCUCGGGUCUCUACAGCCUAGCGCAGUGUCCCUUGCGGCGCACUCGCGCUCAUAGGCAUCUACUCUCUUUGGCCGGACGACCGACGACGACAAUACGAAGGAUGGGCGGGUAUUCGCAAAAUCGACUUCAUUGGCAACUUUCUCCUGAUUGUAGCUUCGAUUCUUCUGGUGUUUGGCGUACAGGAAGCUGGAUCCCCGGUUAUUAUCUGGUCUCUGGUGAUAGCUGGAUUGAGCUGGAUUCUUUUGGGGGUCUGGGAAACGUAUCUGUUCUACGGGCGGAAUCAUCAUAUCCAGCCAAUAUUCCCCGUGCGACUGGCGACCGGCCGCGUUUAUCUAUCAACCAUCAUGUACGUCUCAUGCCCCUUCUUCAAUCUGGCCCAUCAAGGGAACACUUUGGUCGCAAGCAAUUUGCGCUAACUAAAAGGUGUAGAGUCACGUUUCUUACGGGUCUGGUCUACAUUGCCCUAGUCAUCAAAAUCCCCGAGCGAUUCCAAGUCAUCUACGGCGACAGUGCCCUUCGAGCUGGUAUCCAUCUCCUCCCAAUGUUGGGAUCGUGCGCCUUCGGAUCUACUCUAGCCGGAAGCAUCUCCAAGAAACGAAACCUCACGAGCCAUACUCUUGCGGCUGGAAAUUCGCUUCAGGUGAUCGGAUUGGGUCUGGUCUAUGGGUUUUCAAACACGACGGAGCGAGGUGACAUCCGAUAUAUACUGGGGUUUACGGCCAUAUACGGGUUUGGCGUCGGCUUGUGCUUCGCCGCCUGUACCAUGAUCGCGGCUAUCGAGGCUCGCCACGGGGACCUGGCCGCCGCACAAGGCGCCGUCGCGCAGGUGCGAGUGCUUGGAGGGUCACUGGGUCUAGGCAUCUGCACCAUCAUUUUCAACGACAUAUUGCAGAGAUCUCUCGGCCCUGCCACGGAGGCUGGCAGGUUUCCUACGACUGUUCUUGACCAGCUUCACAGAAGCCCGCUGGCCGUGUUUAUGCUUCCGCCCGAACAGCAAGCUUUGGUCAAGACGGUGUAUUCGGACGCUUUCAGGUUUCAAAUGCUCCUCAUGGUGGCGGUGGCAGCGGUGGCCGUUCUGGCUAGCUUGGGAACAUAUAGGUCAAAACCGCCGGCUGUUGUCGACACGAUGAUUCAUCACAAGGAGUUGGCGGCACGACCGAGCGAUACCGAGUUGGAAAGCGCGAGUAGUGUUCGCUCGCUGGUUCGUGGAGUCAGCUGA